AUGGUCGGAAAGAAGUCGGGCAAGGCCCUUCGGGAUGAAGGCCUGGAGCGGACCGACAAUAACAUGGAACUAUCCAGUUGGCCACAGAUCCCAGCAAUCAAUCAGAAGAACUACUACACUGACUACCUGAAAAGAGACGACCAGAACCUCGCAUUUCGACUCCAAAAUGAAGAAGCAAGGACAAGGAUGACCAAGAAAGCAAAGGAUCACGAUCGCGAUCAGGCGCUUCCCAAGACUGAGAACGCGGAGGGCGAUGCCGAAGUAGAUGCUGAUGCCAAUAUGGAAGAUGCGGAGGAGACUCCAGCUGAGGUAAUUGGCUCAAAGGUCAUUGUCAUUCAUAUGGGCAGUCAAAACCUUCGCAUUGGCCUUGCCAGCGAUGCACUGCCCAAGACCCUACCCAUGGUGAUUGCGAGGAAGUCGGCGACCAGCGAGUACGAGGAUCAUCCGGAGCCCAAGCCCAAACGAUUCAAGCAUGAUGAUGGUUCGGAAAUGGAGCCGGAGAAGGAAUUCGGAGCCGAGUGGUCGUCUCAUUUCGGUCGGAUGUCUGCAGAUUUGAAGGUGCACAUGCGACAGAACAAGCGAAGGAUGCUUCCAAACUCGAAGGAGAUGGUGGUGAACUAUAACCGCAGGACUGUGCCCGAAAUCAUUUCUGAACACAACGACCCAAUGCGUGCUGAAUGGACCGAGUUGUCCAAUCCUCCCCCCGAGUAUAUCGUCGGGCAACCAGCUUUAAGGGUACCGGACGAUUCAAAACCUCGAUACAAGCUCUACUGGCCGAUCCAGAAUGGGUGGUGCAAUGAGAAGGACUACGCAAGCAAGAGAGCACUUUUCCUGGAUAUCUCGUUGAUCGUUGAAGAUGCGAUCAAGAAUCAACUCCACUUGACAAGCAAGAAGGAUUGGACUCAAUACUCGUGUGUCUUCGUUAUCCCAGAUCUCUACGACAAAUCAUACGUCACUCAAAUCCUGGAGAUGUUGAUGCGAGAGUUUGCGUUCGCUCGGGUCUGUUUCAUUCAAGAGAGUCUUGCAGCCACUUUCGGUGCCGGAUUCACCUCAGCCUGCGUGGUCGACAUCGGAGCGCAGAAGACCUCCAUCUGCUGCGUGGAAGAAGGCAUGUGCAUCGAGAAUUCGCGAGUUAACCUGAAAUAUGGCGGUCAAGAUAUAACUGAAACGUUUGUCAAAAUGAUGCUACACGACCACUUCCCAUAUUCCGACAUCAACCUGCGGCGCAGACACGAUUUCCUUUUGGCCGAAGAGCUGAAGAAGAAUAUAUGUACCAUGGUCGAAGCGAGUGUCUCUCCACAAGUGUUCGACUUCCACCUUCGCGUAGCAGGAAAAGACACGCGAAAGUAUACUUUCAAGGCAUUUGACGAAGUCCACCUUGCACCAAUGGGUGUUUUCGAACCUGCAAUUUUCGACAACGAGAACAAAAUCGAAGGAAGACGCACAUUGAUCGACGGCUCAGUCGACAUCUACGAAGGAUCCCCCAAUGACCCUACUUCUGCAGCCCAAUCAGAGAUCUUGACUGCAAUUGCUCCUCCGCUGCCCAGUAAUGGUAAGACGAACGGGGAAUCUAAUUCGGGCGCACCAGACGUUCAAGCCACACCAAGCCGCCCCCAGCAUCCGAACGCCUUGAGCAAAGUCCAGGAUCUAGAGGGUACUCCGCGCUCCUCCGUCGCCGGCUCUCCGGUGCCCGAAACCACCGGAACACCCCAAGCAGUGGGUACAAGCACUCCUGCUGUUCCAUCCGCUGCCACUCUGCCUCCACGCCCACCCGCCGUGGAAUAUCGCGAUGAUAUCAUGCCAAUUUUCGGCCUGGACAAUGCCAUCUUGACCUCCAUCGCUCAUGCUGCUCGUUCUGACGAUAAGAAGAUGCGAGACUUCAUUGGCGGUAUCAUGGUCGUUGGUGGUGGAAGUCUGACUCCCGGAUUCCAUGCAUUUCUCGAAGAGAGACUGCAGACCCUUCGCCCUAGCUUUGCGAAGGAAAUCAUGAUCGGGACCCCUCCCAGAGAACUGGAUCCACAGGUCGUCGUGUGGAAGGGAGCCAGUAUCUUUGGCAAACUGAACACCACCAAUGACAGUUGGAUCGGAAGAUUAGAGUAUGAUCGGCUUGGUCCUCGUUUGAUGGCAUACAAGUGCAUGUGGGCCUAUUAA